AUGCUUCCCGCACUUUCGUCGAUCGUCGGUACCCAGCUCGCCGUACCGCCCGUCGGCGUCCACUCGACCCUCAAGAGCCUAGCCGCGCCGCGCCUCCCGCCCCGCGCAAAGGUUGCGGUAUCCGCAGGAAUCUCCCGGCGACCUCUCGGGUCGUCCGAAGUGACCACGAAGCAUCGCGCCGCGCUCCGAGCCGGGAGCGACAUGUCCUGGCAGCCGGACGACACGGGCAUGGAGCCCCUGGCGUCGGCGUCGGGGCGAUCCUCCGACUGGCAGGCUCGCCGCGGUUCGGACUUCGCCAAGGCGGCGACGCUCGUGUGCCACGUCGGGGCGGCGGUCAUGUUCUGCGUCAUCGCGUGGGCGCUCUACGCAUCCACGGGAGGCGUCCCGGAUAACACCACGCAGGUCCAGUGGCUGAUCUCGAACCCGUGGGGGAUCGUAUCGCUCGUGGACCUGUACGUCGGGUUCACGGUGUUUUCGAUGUGGAUAUGGUUCAGGGAAGCCGACGCGAUCGUCGCCGCGGCGUGGACGGCGUGCAUGAUGACGACGGGGUGGUUGGGCGGAUGUCUGUACGCGUUGAUACAGCUCAAGAGACACAAGGGGGACUGGCAGGGGUUCUUCAUGGGGCACAGGGCCGAAAGGUGA